AUGGCCGACGCAAAAGUCAUCCUCAUCACGGGCGCCAACACCGGAAUCGGCUUCCAAGUCGCGAGGGCCCUAUACAGCGCUGACAGGGCGUACAGCAUUAUUGUUGCCGCGAGAUCACUAUCCAAGGCGCAAGACGCGACCAGCGAAAUCCAGAACGAGUUCUCGUCUUCGUCGAACAAGCUGACACCUGUCGUUCUUGAUCUCGAGUCGGACGAGUCUAUCGAGAAAGCCUACGACCAGGUGGAGGGUGCAUUUGGGAAGGUGGAUGCGCUUGUUAAUAACGCCGGAGCACAAUUCGACCAGCGCGGUAUCCGCGGCGAGAUCUCCACGCGCGAAGCCUGGAAUAAAUCGUGGGACGUCAACGUCACAGGGACCCAGAUCCUAACAGCAACGUUUAUCCCGUUGCUCCUGAAAAGUGCCGACCCGCGCAUAAUAUUCGUCACAUCUGGAACUGCGACGCUUGAAGGCACAGUGGCCAAGACCACGCCCGCUGACCGGAUGGUCCCUGAGCCCGGCUGGCCGAAGACAAUGAUGAAUGUGGCUGCGUACCGCAGCGCCAAGACGGGCCUGAAUAUGAUGAUGCGCGAGUGGGAUCGAAUCCUGACGAAGGAUGGGGUUAAGGUGUUUGCGAUCAGCCCGGGGUUGUUGGCGACGAAUUUAGGUGGGAAUCUGGAGAUGUUGAAGAAGAUGGGAGCGGGGGAUCCGGUCGUUGCUGGGGCAUUGUUUCGGGACGUGCUUGAGGGGAGGCGAGACGGGGAUGUUGGGAUGGUGGUCAAUCGGGAUGGGGUGCAGCCUUGGUAG